UCUCACUCAUCGCUCUCCUUCACUCCCCCUCAGAAGGACUUUCCCACCCCAUGGCUAGCGUCUGCGAAGCUCUCCAUCUUCACAGACCGCCGGUGGCUCAGGACCAGAGAACUUGAUUUACUCAGACUCUAACUGCUAUAAUGUCAUCAGCAAAUUACGUAUGCGUCCUGACGUGCCGUGCAUGCGUCGUUGCCUGGUUUUAACAACGGGAAACAGAUGUCUCCCUCUUCCCCAACAACAACGCCAACAUGGCAUCGGUUCGAGCGGAAGAUCGAUGAGGUGAAACCGUCAAAAACUGAUAUCAAUUAUCUGGUUAUGGACUACCUCAUCACCAAUGGCUACCCGGCUGCGGCGAAGAAAUUCGCGCUCGAGGCCAACAUCCAACCUAGAGCAGAUAUCGAGUCGAUUCAGGAAAGAGUUGAGAUUCGUACUGCGAUUCAUUCUGGGCAUAUUCAAACUGCCAUUGAGAAGAUCAAUGAGCUCAACCCUCAGAUCUUGGAUGAGAAUCCGCCCUUGCACUUUGCCCUGUUGCGUCUGCAACUGGUUGAGCUUAUUCGCUCGUGCACUUCCACUCCUGAUGGAGACAUCAGUCCAGCCCUUGAGUUCGCGACCUCGCAACUCGCUCCCCGGGCGCCCACCAACCCCGAGUUCUUGGAAGAUCUCGAGAGGACCCUCGCCCUCCUGAUCUUCCCUGCGGAUAAUCUCAGCCCGUCCCUAGCCCAUCUACUCCAGCCCGACCUCCGUAAAGAUAUUGCCAACCGUGUGAACGAGGCCAUCCUGCAGAACCAGGGAGAAUGUAAAGAAGCCCGCCUGCGCAACCUGGUUAAGCUACGCGCGUGGGCGGAGCAAAAAGCCCGCGAAGCCAAACUGAACAUCCCCGACAAGCUGAGCCUUGGCUUGGGGGAGAAUAGCUCCACCUCUCAGAAUGGCUCGUCCAACGACACCGUAAUGACCAAUAAUGGGGACGUGGACCCUAUGAUUUCGUGA